AUGGACCUGUUGCAGUUCAUGGCUUUCGUUAGAACAUCCCUCGCCGCAGCCAACACGGGUCACCAACCAGAUAUGCAGAUUAUAUUUCUGGGAUCAACGGUUGACAAAGAUGUUGGGUGCGUGCAGCCCGAUGCUUGGCGUAUGAACCGGGUGGUGACGUGGCCGUCUCUGAUGCGUCCUGAAAGCGAGGGCUGGGUGCGCCUGAACGUGUCCAAUCCCAGCGGGCCCCCACUCGUGAAGCUCAACUACUUCAGCGACCCCAAAGGUCACGACCUUGCUACGGUCGUCGAGGGCCUCAAACUGGUGUUGAAACUAGAGAAGCCACUCGCCAAAUUGGGACUCGUGCUCGACAAGACAAGUAACUCACAAUGCUCCAAAGAUACCUUCGGCUCCGACGCCUACCUGCGGUGUGUCGCCCGCACGCGCACGCAGACGGCAUGGCAUUGGUCCGGGACGUGCCGUAUGGGCCGCAAGGACGACCGGCAGGCCGUCGUCGACUCUCGCCUCCGCGUGAAGGGCGUACUCGGCCUGAGGGUCGCUGACGCCUCUAUUAUGCCGUACAUUGUCAGCGGCAACACUAACGCGCCGACCAUCAUGAUUGGCGAGGUGGCUGCCGACCUCAUCAAAACGGACAACAAGGAGCGCAAAAGAUGAAGACAGGGGCUCCCCUACACGCCGUGUGCAUGUUCGCAACACUAACCCUACCUGCCACUAGCGGCAUCUAAGUACACGAUAAAUAGGCAAUCCUAAACCUAAUAAACUCAGUUGGGCCAACACA